CACAAUUGUAUUAUACGAGAAGGAAUCCCUUCUCUGAAUCGCAGAUAUCCGUGCGAAGAUGUCAGAAUGCAAGCGGGCAGUGCUAAGCUGUCAGCGAUGUCGCAAACGAAAAAUUAAGUGUGAUCGGGUGAUGCCUUCUUGCAGUCAGUGCAUUGCUUCUAAGACCUCUUGCACUGGAUUUGACGGCACAAACGAUAGCAAGGGCAUCCCCCGAAGUAUUGUUCGCCAUCUCGAAUAUGAAAUCGCAAAACUUGAAACAGCCUUGGGCACAUCGGACGUUGACGUCGUAAGAGGUGCCGACAUAUUGCUCCAAAUCUACCACCCUGUAGCAUCCCCAAUCGAUACUGUUACAGAUUCUUCGCGACUGAAAACCUCGCCAAACCAGACACUAGUUGAUGGUUCACACGAUGACCAAGCAACUCUUGAAGAAGAACAUCUGUUAAACACCAUAAAGGCAAGCCGAGGUCUGCAGUCAAUGGUGCUGGCGUCCUUGCCUCGUGAAUAUGGCAUGACUUCAAAGAUUCGCACAGGUCUAACGCCAUCAAGCACAAAAUCAGCGCCCAAUAUCACAUCAGAUGCCACUGAUAUACAAAGAAGCAGCGUUAGUCCAAAGCCAGCUGUGCUUAAUAGUCAGCUUGAAGCGAGACUACUGACCAGUCUACCCAUUGAGAUCAUUCAAGCCCUGGUAAAGAAAUAUGUAAAAACAAUUGUACCACAAUUUCCGUUUAUGCUAGGAUCAGAAGUAAAUGCACAUCUGGAUAAGGUGCUAGCUGCUCUACAUGCAUUUCAAGCGGCAAGUCCUUUGAGUAGUACUGGAGAACGAAAAGCUCUCAGCGUAGAACCCAACGCAGACUUUCUUGUUAUCUAUCUUGUUCUAGCUAUCUCAAUUACUAUAGGGUCUGCUAAAGGAGGGCACGAAGUGCGCUGUAUGUCUUUCUCGACGUCUCUUUUUGAAGAGGGCAUACAACAUUUUACAGGUCAAGCGGAGUCUUCAUCAGAUCUUGCUGCGUUGCAAAUAAACCUCUUAAUUCUCCUAUACGCAACAAUAAACCCGAGAGCAGGUAAUGUUUGGAUCCUUUCCGGCAUUGCUAUGCGGACGUGCUCAGAGCUUGGACUACACCGGAAUGGCGAUUACACAGGAAUCGAAUCUUCCAAAAUCGAUUUAAGAAGAAGAAUAUUCUGGAGUGCGUAUUGCUUAGAUCGUUCAAUAUGUGCAGCACUUCAACGGCCUUUGUCGCUUCCAGGGACAACGAUUGAUGUCAAACUUCCGUCACCUCAUGCCGAGCUUCCUGGUCGUAUACCUUUCAUGGGAACAAUUGAUUACCACAGAAUGCAAUCAGAAAUAAUGCUAACUCACUUCACAAACCAGCCGAUGGCUUGCGGUUCCUUCGAAGAAUUUCAAGCUAUUAUGGAGAAGCGAUUGAGAGAGUGGUACGAAACUUCACAAAGCGAAACGCCAAUCCUUGAACUUUGCGAUUUUCAUCUUGCUCGAGGUUUAGCCAUACUCCAUCGACCAUCUCCAAGAAAUGUCAUGCCGUCUCAGCGAAGCCUUUUGAUAGCAUUUGAAGCAGCAUGUUCCGCCGCUCGUUGUCAAAGUGAUCAUCUUCAAAACGGCGUCUUCAGAAGACAUUGGCUAUCUGCUCACUUCACUCUAGAAAUGGCAAUCCUAAGCUGUUUUUGCUUAAGAUAUGCUUGCAGGGCUAUCUGUGAGAAAUUCGAUCCAGGUCAGGUGUUCGAAAUGACAAAGCUUGCUACGAGCAAUUUCCUGCACAUUAGCUCUAGAGGAUGGCCAGAAGUCUCCAAAUAUGCUGGAAUAUAUGAGAGACUCUUAGGUCCGCUUCUUCAGGCUGUAUUUUCUCCAGACAAGAACCCCGAACAUUUUUUCCUCCCGAGUCAUGAUGCUGAGCUAAAGGCUUUGCUCUAUCCACGUCCUCUUGAACUUGAAAAACAUUGCCAUGGUUCCACUCGAACGGAGGACGUUUCAGAAUUUGAUUUUAACAUUCUUGAUUUCAACGAAUUAAAUUUCGACGUCGAAGGCGUUCAGUCAGAUUUCUCGACUAGCUUUCUCACAGGGUUUGAAUUACUUGACCAUGCUUUAGCGGCCGAUGAUUGUGCUAUCGAAGUUUCAGAAAUAGCAAGCUAGUAUGUGGUCUUGCGUAUUCAUUGUGCUACUGAAUGAAUACGAACAACAAAAACACGGUCUGCGAAAACGUAAACGCAAGCCCCUGCUUCAAGGUCCUACUUCGCUGUGAAGUGAACGUAAAGCAAAUGCAACAGUCGAUUCGAGAUAUUAGAGCAAGGACACCGAGAUUUACACUACGACUUGAACUGGCUUUCCCGCACACCAACCUUCGACUGCCUCCCGCACCAUUCGCUGUAAAGAUGUCAUGGUGGCAUUGGCAAGCCAAGCGGUAUGAGGAGUCGUUAACACAUUGAGUCCUUCUGUAUCAGCGGCUAGCAGUGGACUUGUGCUGCUGUUGGCAGGCUCUUGUGAGAACACAUCAAAUGCAGCACCUGCUAUUUGAUGAGUCUGAAGUGCAUGAACGACUGCUGAUUCGUCGACAAUAUCUCCUCGCGAAACGUUGAUAAGCACUGCAGAACUGGACAUGCGACUCAACUCGAACUGUCCAAUGAGGCCGAUGGUUUCAGGAUUUCUUGGUAUGACCACCGCCAAAACCGUACUGUCUCGAAGGACUUCAUCAAAUGCUGUGCGGCCUUCACGAACACACUUUGCGCCCUUUCUCUCUGCCACAAUCACUUUCAUGCCUAACAACUUUGCAAGUCGUCCGAUUCUUUGGCCAAUUUUGCCAUAUCCAAUCAGGCCGAUCGUCUCCUCUUCGCAUGUCAAAGGCAUUUUCUUGUUCCUGUCUUCGAGAAUGGGAAUCAAGGACCCUUUCAGUGGCCACUGACCUCCUCUCGUUGCAGUUUGUGUCUGGUAAAACUUCCUCCUUGUCGCGAAGUACAUACCAAUUGCAUGUUCAGAGACUGCAGUUACAUUUGCUCCGGCGCAUCGGCAAACUACAAUUCCACGUUUCAUGCAAGAUUUGAGGUCAACACUAUCUGUACCUGUUGCCAUCACUGCUAUGAGCUGUAGUUUUGGCGAGAUUUCGGCCGACAGAACCGAAGCGUCCAGACGAAUCGUCGUAGUGAUGACGAUUGAAGCAUCGCGUAUUCUUUCGGGAAUCUGGUCUUUCAAAGUUUUUGGGUAUGUCUCUAAUGUAUAGGUGUAUGGUGAAGGCAGUUUAAAUUCGGGAAUCGGACAGAAGUGAGCUUCCAGAGCGACAAUAUGGUGAUGGUUCUCGGACUUAAGAUUUGAUUGAGAAGCCGCCAUUGCACAGAUAUUGACGUUCACCAAAUCAAAAAAAAUUUAAAAU